AUUAAACCUUUUAGUCCUUUAUUGGAACAUUAUGUGCUGUUAUCUGUAUGGAAUAUGGAGUAUUUGAAAUUGAAUAUAGUCCAGCUGGUGGUAAAUUGAAAUGGUUAUCAGGGCCAAAUAGCAAUUUAAGGUGUUCCUCUAUGGGCGGAUAUCUAUGAUAUGCUAUUCUUAUAUCAAUUUUAUUUUUUAUUUUUUUGUUUUCAGAAUUUAUUUUCAGGUACCAUGCCUAAGAGAAAGAGAGGACGGCCAAAAGGGUCAAGUGUACAGAAGAAGGUGAAAGAGAGUAUAGAUUUGGAAUUGUUCAUUCUUGAUAAUCCAUCAAAUGUGUUGGAAGUUGAUCCUGGCAUUAAACAAGAGCAGGAGACAGAUACAGAUAUGCCUAAGAAAAGGGGACGAGGACGUCCAAAAGGGUCAGAGACUCAAAAUUGUCAACAGAAUGUCCAUGGCAACUUGAAUAGUCACAUUAAUCCGUCUAAUAUUGUGGAAGUUGGUGUUGGGUGUGAAGAGUCAGAAGAUCCAGAAAUUGUUACAAAUACAGUUAGGAUUAAUGAAAAGGGAGGAGGACAACCAGGAGGGUCAAGGAUGCAGAAAUGUCAAGAGAAUGCUGAUUGCAACUUGGACAUUAACAGUAAUCUAUCAGAUAUGAUGGAAGUCAGUCUUGGAUGUAAUGAGGAGCAGGAGACUGAUGCAGUUAACAUACUGCUGGAAAGUGGACAAGGGCAACCAAGCGGGUCAAUGAAUCAGAAGAAACAUCAACAGAAUGCAGAUGAUAUAAAUGUCACUCCUAAGAUAAAGAGAAGAGGAACAACAAGAGGGUGGAUGGUUGAAAUGAAGCGACAACAGAGUCCAGAUGGAAAGUUAGAUGUUCUCAUUCACCCUACGAGGCUGGUGGCAGUUGGUCCAGGCCGUAAAGAUUUUAUCACCGAUCUUUCUGUUAUUGUUCGCCGGAAUGCCCGUCUUAAUGUGUGCCAGUGGAGGAAGGUUCCACAAAGUACUCGGGAUGCAAUAGUGCAAAAUGUUCUGAAAAAUUGGAGACUUCAAGAUACAGGUAUUGUACGGAAGGCUAUUCUGGAUGAAGCAGGCCGUUUAUAUCGGAAUUGGCGCAACAUGCUUCAUGAUUAUUACGUAUUGUUUGAAACAAAGGAGGAGGCCUUGAAGCACGUACCUGAUGAUAUCAGUGAUUCUGAUUGGAAAAUCUUGGUUGAUUAUUUUAGUAGCCCUUCUUUUGAGAUAAUUAGUGCAAAAAACAAGGCAAAUAGGGCAAAACUGAUGACAAAUCAUACCUGUGGGCAAAGAUCCUUUCAAGCAAUUAGCUAUGAUGCACGGGAUCCGGUGACUGGAAAGGAACCCGAUUUGCAGACAUUAUGGCAGAUGACACACAAAAAGGCAAAUGGGGAAUGGGUUGACGAGGCAUCUAAGGAAGUCAAUGACAAGGUUGCUGAACAAAUCGAUGAGAUGCUAGUCCAGCCAGAGGAUGCUCAGGAUGAGAUAGAAAUAAUUGAAGAAGAAAUUAUUAGUUCUGCUUUCAAGAAAGUGGUUGGGAGGAAAUCAUAUAUGCACGGUUUUGGAGCAGGAUUGAGUUCAUCAAGCUCCAGUAAAAGUCAACAGCUGCAUGCUGAAUUAGAGGCCCAAAAGAGAGAGACCGAGAAUGCUAAGAAAGAAUGCAGUGAAUUAAGAGCUAAACUUGUUGAGGUUGAGUCUCAACUAGAGGAGGAGCGGCGGAAGCGAGAGGAGACAGAGACUCAUCGACUGGAUCGACAGAAAGAAAUGGAUCGUAAAAAAGAAAUGCAGGAGAUGGUCAACAGUCAGGUUCAGGCUGCUGUCCAGGCUGCAUUGUCGCAGUAUUGUUUACCAACAACUGAAGCAGAGAGCUCAUCAAAGCAGAAAAAAAUUGCGGAGCUUGAAGAACAACUCCAUGAGGCAGAGGAUGUCAUAACAGAUAUUAGAUCAGAAUUACUUAGGUAUCGCAUGCGUUAGGGAAUUUAAGAAUGCAAUUACAAAUCUUCCAGUACCAUAUAUU